CGCACCGACCGCGUCUCUCACAUCUCAAGUCUCUAACAAACCCUAGAAAUCUCUCUCUCUCUCUCUCUCUCUAGCUUUCUUUCUCUCUCUAACAAACGCUCAUCAAUGGCGUCGUUCGCUGAAGCUCCACCGGGAGAUGCCAAGGCCGGAGAGAAGAUCUUCAAGACCAAGUGCGCGCAGUGCCACACCGUCGACAAAGCCGCCGGCCACAAGCAGGGACCCAAUUUGAAUGGCCUGUUUGGGAGGCAGUCUGGAACAACCCCUGGAUACUCCUAUUCUGCUGCUAACAAGAACAUGGCUGUUAAUUGGGAGGAGAAGACAUUGUAUGACUAUUUGCUUAAUCCCAAGAAGUACAUUCCUGGAACCAAGAUGGUCUUCCCUGGAUUGAAGAAGCCAAAGGAACGUGCUGACCUCAUUGCCUAUUUGAAGGAAUCAACUGCAUCUUAAACUGCCUUUGUUCGACUUUUCACAUUUUGCAGUCACCGGAGGUUUAUACAAACGGAUGAGUACUAUUUUUUGUUGCCAAUAAAUUAGGCCAUCUAGGUCUGCAAUUCUCAUUUGCAUGUGGAGCUUGCUUUUGCUUUUCUAGGAGAGGUUGCUGUAAUUGGCAGCGCAACAUUCACAUUCAGUUAGCUGUUGUGACUAGAUUUCAUGGAGUUGGUGAAAUACCAGUUCAACUAUUGAUAUAAAAAUUCAUUGUGACAUUUUCUAUA